UUGCUCAUCUUUCGUGAUGUCAUCGCGUCCCUACGCACCCGUUGGUCAAUACCUCAGCUGAGUCAGAGUUAAUUUUUUUUUUUUUGCCUUCGUUGCUAGCUUCAUUGCGCAUGCGCAUUGGCCCGAUACGCUCAGGCGGUCCUUUUUCGUGCCGCAAAACCCCUGCGCGGGUGUUUCUGGGAAUUGUAGUCUCAAGGGGGAGUGGGUAGGCGGAUUCCGGAAGUAGUGCACCGAAGAGCGCCUGUUGUGGGGUUGGGAGUAGGUAACGGUUCUCCCCGGGCCUUGGCGGGGGGGGGGAGCCCUCCCCCGCAGGGCCUGAGUUAGGAUCGGGCGUCUGACGCCCGGGGUGAGUGUGAAUUCCCCCGGCCAGCCAUGAAUGGGCAGGCGGACGUCGAGGUGGACUACAAGAAGAAAUACCGGAACCUGAAACGGAAGCUCAAAUUCCUAAUCUAUGAGCAUGAGUGUUUUCAGGAGGAACUGAGGAAGGCACAGAGAAAGCUGCUGAAGGUGUCCCGGGACAAGAGUUUCCUUUUGGAUCGUCUUCUGCAGUAUGAAAAUGUGGAUGAAGACUCUUCUGAUUCAGAUGCCACAGCAUCCUCAGAGAACAGUGAGACAGAGGGCACACCCAAACUCACUGAGACACCAGCCCCCAAGAGGAAAAGAAGUCCCCCUCUGGGGGGUGCCCCAUCCCCCUCUGGCCUUUCACUACCCCCAUCCUCAGGGUUUCCCCUGCAAGCCUCUGGGGGCCCCUCUCCGUACCUGAGCUCGCUGGCCUCCCCCCCAUAUUCCCCCUUCCCCUCCGACUACUUGGCCCUGCAGCUGCCUGAGCCCAGCCCCCUGAGACCCAAGCGGGAGAAACGGCCCCGCCUGCCCCGGAAGCUCAAGAUGGCAGUGGGGCCAUCUGAGUGUCCAGUGGGGGGUUCACUGACCUUCCCAGGCCGGGGAGCUGGUGGUGCUGGGGUAGGGGCAACCCUGGCCCCACUGGGGCCUCCUAAGCUGCCCCCACAUACCAUCCUGAGCACCGUACCUCGCCAGAUGUUCAGUGAUGCAGGGAGUGGAGACGAUGCCCUGGACGGCGAUGAUGACCUCGUGAUUGACAUCCCUGAAUGACCACCUACCCAUGCCCUUCCCUCCCUUCGGUUGGCAGUGGCAACAGAAGCAGCAAAGACCAAGAGUGGUGUGUUUUUGGAGACAUUUAUUGAUGCCCAGUCUUAUUGGUCUGGACAUUGACAAUCAGAAGAGGCGUAAACAUGCAGCAAGGCGCCCCCAAAGAAGAGGCGGGGAGGCAGCCCCCAGCCCUGAAAGCGGGCACAUGCCGCAUUUGGAUUUGCAGCCCGUGGUGUGCAGGGAAGGCUGAUGGACUCCAGAGGUCAGCACAGGGCUUCCUUGCCCCCUGCUGCCAUAUGCUUUGCCUUCCUCUUGCCCUGGAUGCAGCCAAAAGAAAAAGGAACAGCCAUGGGGGCCUCUGCCUCCCCUUCCUGAAGGCAAAGACCCCUGCACCAGCUACCAUUUUAAUGGGGCAGCUAGAUAGGGCUAGUUUGUUUUGUUUUUUACUGCAGACUUUUAUUAAAGGGGUGCUGGGCGGUUUUAUUUUGUUUUCUGAAAUUUUCUCCCUCAACCCCCUCCUAAUCCGGUCUACCUCCCACUGCAGGGAGUUUUGCCGGGGCAGCUUGGAGAGGUGGACGAAAGGAGAAAUGACCUGGUUGGGGGGAGGGAGCAGGGCAUUAAAUUCUCUCCCUCCCCUUGCACAUGCGAGUGGUAUGGUUCAUUUGCAUAUAAUAUCCCAUCAGGCAGUAGGAAAUUUGCAUAUAUAGCACCCCACCCAUCCCCUCACAAAAAGACAUUCCCCACAGUAACAAAGUGAAUCUCACAAAAUAAGACAGGAAGUGUUGAGGGGGGAGAGGGAGAAGUUUCUCCCAGCUCCAACCCCAUGUAAACGUGCAACACACUCGUGCGAUGUUGAGUAACAAUCACAUGGCCCUGUGAUUUCCCCCACCCCCCCAAGAAGGGGCUCUUCCUUGCCCCCUCUUCUUUCCACUCUUGCUAAGGUUCUUAAGGGCCUCUUUCUGGAAAGCAGCUGGGUACCAAGUUCCCUUCUCUUCCCUGGGCUGAAACAGAUGGACUUCUGAGCCCAGUGAGAUGAGAGCUUGGCUUCCUUCUUCCCACCCCUUCUACCCUCUUCACUUUCCAAAAGUGAAGGGGGGAAGCCACCCAACUGAAGCCCCUGGUUUCCCACAUUCUCUUGCUUCCUCUGUUAGGAAGUAGCCUGUGUCUAUGGGGCUGGUUGGCUGGAAUCUUUGGGGGGGUCUUAGGCCGAGAAGGAGGCAGCAGCAGGGGGCAGUUCACUGGUCAGGGUAUGCCAACGUUCCAGGGUCACAUCUUGUUGUCGAAGACAGUCCCCCCAGUGCUUCAGGGCCUCUCCCCGUGAAUUGGGACCCAAGGACACCCCACCUGGGAGGGAAGGGAAGAAAGGAACCAGGACAUAAUGCAUCCGUUUACUAAGUCCAGUGUCCAAAUCUAGCAGCCCUCUUUCCCCCAAUGCACGAGUAACAAGGUUCUCAUAUAUAAAUUUGGUCCCCAUGCUGACUGUUAGAACCAAACCCACUGGAACCCAGUCUUCUCACCAAUGAAGUCAUUAGAUUUGCCAAUGUCGUAGUCCCAGACGGUGACCUCUAAGGUCUUUGUGGCCAGAGCUGGGAGCUCCAUCUCAUAGAAGAAUUCCUGGAGAGGUGAGGAAUAUGGAGGGCUACUUUCCCCUACCUUUGCCUCUGGGGUUGCCCCAGAUUAUUUCCCCAAUUCAGCUUGUCUGGGCCAACUCUUCCCACAGCAGUCAUUGGCUAUCUAAAGACACUAUAGGGCUGGAGCUUUAAGGAAGAUGGAAUUAAGAGGAUUCCAUAACUAAAGAUGUAUUGGCCGUGGGGCAUGUGUAUUUCCUGUUUGGGUGGGGUCACCCUUUGUAAAAAGGGUGCUCCUCUGAAAUGGAAAAUACCCCUUCUAGAUUUCCCAGAAUCAUCCCGGGCAGGAUGGUUAAGAAACAAUGGUAGUUAGGAUGGAAAUAAGUGAUUUCACACAAGAGAGAGCAAGUCACCUAGUGACCCCACUUCCAUGAUCAAUCUUCCCACUUCUUACUGUUUCUAUUCCAUUUUCUCCCCACCCCUCGGUCACCUCAUUAAACUCAGGAUUCAGAGUUUUCUUCUUCA